GUAUGUAUAUAUAUAUGCAUACAUAUAUAUAUAUAUAUAUAUAUAUAUAUAUAUAUAUAUAUAUAAUUGAGAAGGGUACCGAUUAUCUCUUUGACAUUUGAAAAGAUGAUGACAGGUGGAUAUUAUAGCAUACCAGUAAAAAAAUGUGCAUCUCGUAUUUAUAGAGAAACAGUGGCAAGGGGGUGAAAGGGCCAGACAGGGAGGGCGGGGGGUAGGAGCUAAAAAAGCUGAAAAUUUUUCUUUUUCGACGGUGACGAAGAUAGAUGACGUCACACGCGCGUCGAUCGGAAAUGUUUUAUCUUUGAUACCGGAAGAAAAGGGAAAAAAAGAAAAAAAAAGAAAUAAAAGAAAGAAUAACGAAAACAGAAAAAAAAAAGAUCACAUGGGUGGACGAGAAAAAAGAUGGCGAUAUAUGAUGAUGGAUAUGGUAAUGCGAACAUAUUUAAAAAAAAAAUAAAUAAAUGAAUAAAUAAAUAAAAAAAAAAAAUAAACGUUUCUCCAUAGAAAGAAAAAGAUAAUGAGAGAGAAAAUAGCUUGACUCGCUGGUAAAAAAAAAAAAAGAAAGAAAGAAGAAGAGAUAACAAAAUUGUGUAAAAACAACUUAUAAGGUUAGGCUUUUUCAUAUAGUUAAGUAUACUUAUGUCAUUCUAUCCCUUUCUGUAUAUCGUUUUCCUUUCUUUCUAUUAUUUCCUCCAUUCCAAACCUCCACCCCCACUUCUACUUCUCUAUAUUUCUUUUCGUCUUUUCUCAAUUUUCUUUUAAUUUUUGUUUAUUAUUAUUAUUAUUAUUAUUAUUAUUAUUAUUAUUAUUAUUAUUAUUUUUUUUUUUAUUAUUUUUAUUUUAUUCUUUUUUUUUUUUUGUUCUUUUUAUAAAUAAUCAUUCUGUACUUUUUUUGUCGGGAUAAUUAUUUUUAUUCGCAAGCAACGUUUGUGGUGAGAUCAUACGUGCACACAACGCACAACAGCAAUUAAUUACCAGCAUAACUAUCUAGUCAUUAUAAAAAUUGUGCAAGCAAUAUGUUCGUCAUUAAAUAUCACGACAUGGAACGAUUAUAAUACGUGUAUGUAAGUAUGUAUGUAUAUAUUAUGUACACGUUUAUUAAAAUCGGAUUGAAAUACAAAUAAACACAUUGUACAUGUUUCCAUGAGAAAACGAGAGAGUAUAUAUAUAUAUAUAUAUAUAUGUAUAUAUAUAUAUAAUCGCCUUCGGCAAGUGCUACCCAUUUGAUCAAUUUUUUUAUAUCUCUGUGUAACUAGUGCACAUUUUUUUCCUUUGUACGCAAUUUUUUCACAUGUUUUUAUUACUAACCAUUGUAAUGGCAUUUGGCAGUAUCGCACAAAUAUAAUAUGGAAUGAAAACAAAUUAUAUUGAAAUUUUAAUCUUGAUUUCUUAUUUUUUUUUUUUCUUUUUUCUUUUUUUUUUUUUUUUUUUGGCGAAACCAUCAAUGUUAAAAAAAAAUAGAUACAAAGAAAACUAAUUUCUUAUAUGUUUCACACAUAGGCAUACGCACACACAGAGACACACACACACAAAUAACGAUAAUAAUAAUCGCGAAAUAAUUACCAAUAUCGUCGAAUAAUAAUCUUUAUAUAAAUAUUUUUUAUUCCGCACAGAAGAACAUAUAUAAAAUUAUUUAUAUAUGAUAUAUUCAAAUGAUAGAAAAGAUAAAAAGAUAAAAACGAAAAAGAGAAAGAUGAAAUUACGUGGAAGCUAAGAAAUCAUUCAUUAUUUCGAUACACUCGUACGCUUUCGACGCUGGUACUUUAAUGCAUGCCGAAAUAAAUAAAUGAAUGAGACGAUAUUUCGACAUUUUCGUCGAGGAUCGAUUUUGAGAACUCACUUGAUCAUAUGACUCAUUAAAUUCCACGCACUGAUUCGUGAAACCUUCGAUCGUAUCCAAGAAUUCUUUCGUUUGAAUUUUCAUUAUUUCAGACGUAUUUUGUUCGUCGUUUAUAUUGCUAUUGGUAUUGUUUAUACGUGCGAAAAAAUUCGUAAAUAAUGACGAAUAGGAAGGUGAACAACAUAAUUUUAUAGUUUCAACGAGCGAACGCAUAUUUUCAAUAAUGUGUUGAUAAAAUUCCGUGAUACUGUUGUCAUAAUAUUCCUCAUCGAUCAGACAAUUUUGUAAAAGUUUAAUACAAUUGUUCAAUAUGAAGGUAAAGGAAUGUUUGGGUAAUAACGAAGGAUAUUCCAAGCUUAAACAACAGGCUUCCAUGGUGAGACGUAAGAAAUUGUUGUAAGGAGUGAUGUUAUUGAAAGUUUUCGAUCUGUUAGAAUAUAAGAAUAAAUUUUCUUCAAUAUAUUUCUUAGCCAAUAUAGAAUAUUCGAAACUAGUUGAACGUAGAAUAAUAUGACGUAAGAAAUCUUCAUGAAGAAGUGAGAAAUUCGAAAAGAAUGUUCUUAAUUCAUUUGAUAUCGUUGGAUCAUCCUUGAUCAUAUUUAAAAUAAAGAAACAACGUCUCUCAUAAUCACAAAUGUUAUCAGAUAGAUAAAAGUCAUUUCGCAAUGGUGGCCAAAGUAAUAUAAAAUAUACUUUUUCUAUUGGCUCUAAGAUAUAUUCUAAAUCCUCUAUGAUCGCCCUUUUUAUCGAUAAAUCGAAAUCAUUUGUAUGAUAUAACAAAACGUGAUAGAUCAUAGAAUUUAUUUCUUUGAUCACGUCGUUAAUCAAAUAAUACGAUACGUCCGUUCGUCUCCUCGUCGAUGACAUCAUUUGUGCAAGAGGAACAAAAGAUUCGACUCGACGAAACGAUUUUACGUUUAUCCUGAAAACAUGGUUCGCGCAUGGUACAUGGACGACAGUGAUGCUGACCAAAGAUUGGAACACCGAAAGGAAUCAUCGGAUCUUUUGUCAAUGGCGGAUUUGUAUGCUAUUAGUGGUGUAGAAUAUUUUAAGGUGGAUCAUGAGCAUUAUUUAAAUGAUCCAACAUUGACAGAAUUGAAAAGAAAACGUGGAUAUACUUAUGAAGAUAAAAUAACAUGCUCGAAAGAAUGUCUCGAUAAUUACGAAGAAAAGUUAAAGAAUUUCUUUACUGAACAUCUCCAUAACGAAGAAGAAAUACGUUUGGUUCUGGAUGGAUCUGGUUAUUUUGACGUAAGAGAUAAAGAUGAUCAAUGGAUUCGUAUUGAAGUCAAACCAGGAGAUAUGAUCAUUAUUCCCAGUGGUAUAUAUCAUAGAUUUACUUUGGAUACUAAAGAUUAUAUACAAGCUGUAAGAUAUUUCAUAGGAAAACCUGUAUGGACACCUUAUAACAGACCAGCUGAUAAUAUGAAUUGUCGUCAACAGUAUCUUGAACAAUUAAAAGGCGGUUUCAAACCCAAAUAAAAGUUUCAUAACACUAUGAUAUGCAAGUUAAUCGUGCAUUCCGAACAAAAAAAAGAUGCAAAUUUUUUAAAUAUUUUGAUUAAAAGCCUAACAUAAAAAUUUUAAUUUGUAAACAAUGUUUGUUUAUAUAUAAAUUCAAUUUUAUAUCAAUGGGUCUUCCUAUAAUG